CCAGCUUCUCCCAUAUCUGCAAUCUAAUUUGACAGGAUUUAAGCAAUUGGAAAUCCUCAACUUCAGGAAUGGCAGUGUUGUGGUGAACAGCAAGAUGAAAUUAGACAAAGAUGUGCCACAUAACAUGACAAAGGCUGUGCACUGUGUGCUCGAAGACUUCUGCAACACUGCAUCUAAACGACUAGACAUUGAGAUUGACAGUCGCUACCUGGACAUAGAACCUGCGGACCAAGCAAAUCCCUGCAAGUUCUUGGCCUGCAAUGAGUUUUCCCAAUGUAUGGUAAACAGUUGGACUGAGGAGGCUGAGUGUUUGUGUGAUCCUGGCUACAGCACUAUGGAUGGCCUGCCCUGCCAGAGUAUUUGUAACCUAGAUCCAGACUACUGCUUCAACGGGGGCCUUUGUGAAAUCAUCCAGGGCCAUGGAGCCACCUGCAGAUGUCCUGUAGGGAAAUACUGGCACUACCACGGAGUGCGCUGCAAUGAGCUCGUGUUGCUGCCUGUAGACCCAACCAUUUUCAUAGCCUGCCUGGUGGGAAGCCUCACCUUGGUUUGUGCCAUCAUAGGCAUCUUGGUUUUCAUAAACAAUAAAUGUAUCGGGACCCGAAAGACCAUGACUUUGGUAUCCCCAGACAGCUCUACACAACCAGACACGACAAGCUAGUCUCUGAAAUGGUAGAUUUACAUCCCUGUAUACCACACAACAAGAUGUGGCGACCACCAAAUGAAUACCGAACUUGUUGCCUGUUAAGGGCUUCAGAUAACGAAUGCUUUGAGGAAACUGUUCUUUGAUGGCUCAUCUCUUGCCAGUGUCCACAGUCUUUAAAAGCAACAUAAGUCUUUGUUGCCUUGAACUUGAGCUGUAUAUUUUAAAUAUCUAAUCUCUUAGAAAUUCAUGUCAUGGCAGUGGUGGACUCCUCCAUUACUGGAAUUACUGCAUAAAUUACAUGGAGAAAUGUACCUAGGAUAGGAUGCAUAAUUUCAGACAGCUACUGUGUGGAUAUUAAAUGCUGUACUAGCGGGUUGUGUUAAGGUGUACCCAUCUAUUUAUAUAUUGACGGCUAGGAAUGUUUUUCAGAUACUGUAUAUCCUUCACAAAAGGUUGUUUUCUUUCCUCACAAUGAGGUAUUUAUUUACACAUUGAUACACAUGGUGGUAUCAUGACCGUAGAUGAGAUUGUUGUUUUAAUGUUAUUCUAACUUGUGUUCAGCGUCCCAAAAAAGAAAAUGAAUGUGAACUUUUGACUCUGGUCGUGUUGUUUUGAAGCAAUACUCUUGUAUAUGAUUAUAGCCUAGUGUUGUGUAGGUGAAAAAUGUAGCAAUACAUUUGUGUGAAGAAAAAGUCAGUCCUAUACUACUGGUCAAUAAAAUCCCACCAACCACUUUUGAGUACAGGAUCAAAACACACUUGGAGGAUGUGUAACAUUCUUUUUUUUACACUUUACAUUUGAUAAAUAAAGUAUUUUCCUACAAAGAUUUUUUGGGGGUCAAUUUGUUAUUUAAUUGAAUCGCUAACAAUCACAAUGCAUUUCAAUAGUUUUUCCAUCAUCGGAUUCUGUUAUUUUCUGAUGAUUAUGAUUUACAAAAUGUUUACUGCCCAUCAUGGCUUCAUUUGGAUCAGUAAUAAAACAUGAGGACCACAAUGAAUUAAUCAUUAAUUCUUAAUCAGUCAUCUUGUUAGAUACUGUAAUCAUUUAGGGAGGUACUAAUAGAAGACCUGACUUAAUGGCCAAGUCUUGCUAUUAACUACAGUCUACACAAUGAUAAAAGGUUGAAUGCAUUUAUUCCCUAUAUUGCAGUGCAAUACUCAGCAUACAAUUGAAGUUGAAUCUGAAAUGGCAAAACAGCUAAACAGAUUACACUGAGGAAUGUGUAAUACAAACAUUAUUAUUUUACUAUACAGAAAAUACUCAUUAUGAAAUUGUUAAUAAAUUAUAACUGGGGGUCCACAAUGAGAUUAAUUACUCAUAUCAGACCAUCAAGGAUCGGCAAAAGAAGUCACACAAUCUAGAUUGAAAGCCUGAAAGACAAAUCACACCUAGAAACCUUAAACUUUCAACAAUGUUAUUAAAAUGGUUGGAUAAUUAGGUUUUUAGUGUUUUAUAUUAGUGGUGAACAGAAAGCGCUUGUGAGUUCCCUCUAUGAAAAUAAAUUUACAAAUGCCUACAAAUUCUACAAUUUCUUUUAAAAAGGAGUUCUUAGAUGAAAAUAUAAUCUGUCACUAUGGAAUACAAACACAGUGACUCAGAAUUAUCUCACUACGCCAUAUUCAAAAAUAGAAGACAUUCGGAAAGUGUAUAUUUUUACUACACCCCAGAGGUUUGUGCUCCAAUUAAUCUAUGGUUAACAAUGACAUGCAUAAUUCAGUCUUA